AUGGGUUAUAUUCAAGUAGAGAAAAUUAUAGAUGUUUUGGUUGAUCCGCUUCGACACUGCUUAAGAGACAAAGAUCCUUAUGUUAGAAAGACAGCUGCUACCUGCGUUGCCAAGCUAUAUAUGUAUGAUCGUGUUUUAGUGGAAAGCGAGCACUUUGUUGAUAUGCUCAGAGAUCUAUUGAGUGAUCCCAAUCCUACUGUCGUUGCAAAUGCAGUUGCUGCACUGACAGAGAUUUCAGAACGCUCUGACAAUAUACAAUUAAGGUUAAACCACUCUAUUGCCAGUAAACUUAUAUCAGCCUUGGGUGAAUGUUCAGAAUGGGGGCAGACGUAUAUUCUUGAAGCACUCAUGUACUAUAUCCCUCAAGAAUCCGAGGAUGCAGAGGUGCUUGCUGAACGUAUAUCACCUCGCUUACAACACGCUAAUUCCGCCGUGGUUUUGAGCGCAACCAAAGUGAUUUUGUAUUUUAUGAACUAUAUUAAGAAUGAAGAAGAGAUCAGUCAGCUCUGUCGUAGAUUGGGACCACCAUUAGUAACCUUGCUUGCAUCUGGCUAUGAGGUGCAAUAUGUUGCUUUGCGAAAUAUUCAACUCAUAAUUCAGCGCUGGCCCGAGAUUCUGAAAAACGACAUUAAGGUUUUCUUUUGUAAAUAUGACGAUCCUAUUUGUGUUAAACUAGGCAAAUUGGAAAUUAUCUUUAGAUUGGCAAACGAAAGGAAUGUUGAUAUAGUGUUAAAUGAACUGAAAGAAUAUGCUACGGAAGUUGAUGUGGACUUUAUAAGAAAGUCGGUUAGAGCCAUCGGUCGUCUAGCCGUCAAGAUUGAAUCUGCUGCCGACAAAUGUAUUUCUGCUUUGCUAGAGUUGAUACAAACCAAAGUAAACUACGUUGUUCAAGAAGCCAUUAUUGUCAUCCGUGAUAUUUUCCGAAAAUACCCUAACCAAUAUGAAAGUAUUUUAUCAACCUUAUGUGAAAACUUGGAUGACCUUGAUGAGCCUGAGGCAAAGGCAUCCAUGAUAUGGAUCAUAGGACAAUAUGCUGAUAGAAUUGAAAAUGCGGAUCAGUUGUUGGACGACUUUUUGUAUACUUUUUUGGAAGAGCCUUAUGAGGUACAACUUGCUUUAUUGACUGCUACUGUCAAAUUGUUCGUACAAAGACCUACAGUGGGACAAGAACUCGUUCCUAAAGUGCUCAAAUGGGCAACUGAAGAAGUGGAUAAUCCCGAUUUGCGCGAUAGAGGUUAUAUAUAUUGGCGUUUAUUGUCUACAGAUCCUGCAGUCGCCAAGGCUGUGGUGCUAUCUGAUAAGCCAGCUAUCACUACUGAGAGCGAUAAUUUGGAUCCUACAUUCCUGGAUGAACUACUACUUCAUAUCGGUUCUUUGGCUUCGAUUUAUCAUAAGAGUCCUACUACCUUCAUUAGCCGUUAUAAAGCUCGUUAUUUAUUGCCUUCUCCAGCAUUACAGUCCAGAAAAAAUAACCAGAAGCAAUCUUUACAACAAAAGCAAUUAGAAGCUCAACAGCAAGAACAGCAGCAACACCUAUUACAGUUCCAGCAACAGCAACAGCAACAGCAACAACAGAUGCCACAAGAAACAUUGAAUACGCCUUUUAACGAUUGGAGUUAUAAUGCAGCAGCUGGUAACUCUAUGCUAGUGACGUCGCAGAAUACGAGCAAUCCUUAUUCUACAGAUCUUUUACAAUAG